AAUGUAUUAGCUGUGUGCAUUUGGCAGAAGGACACUAAUGUGCUGUUCUAGCAGAUGUGCCAAAUCAAACAAUCUAUGAUUAAUUCUGGUGAAUGAAAAGAAGAAGAAAACUUUAAUAGCUGACCCAUUGAUAGCUCAAGCCUCUUGUUGGUGGCUGGUGCCUGGUACCCACUCAAUUUAAGGGGGAGCUGCACAAUGCCCUUUAUAUAGCUGGAUCAAGAGAUGCUGAAAGCCGUCAGCAAGUCCGUGGGAAUUCUCUCAGCAUCUUGCAGGACUGAGUCCAUAUGGCACUGGAUUACAUCAUGUAAAAUUAAGAUACAGGAUAAAGCUGGUUUGACAAAACCCAGUGAAUUUCCAUGGAUGCAUUAAGCAAUGCACACCACUGGCAAACGGCUCUCUAGCUGAGUACUGACUGACUGAAAAAGAAAGAAACAUGUAACUGUAAGCUGCCAUUUGGAAAAUCCAAAUCUUUUGCAGAAGAGUCAUGCGGAAGGUCCCUUCUCUGAACUUUAUGUUGGUCUGUUGAGUCAAGAAAGACCUAGGUCUGGCAAUCCCCAAAGAUGAACCAAUUCUUGGAUAUCUCUGUUAAGUGGACAACGCAAGAAACCGCUCUCCCAAAGUAUCUCCAUUAUGACCCAGUAACAUCUCGCCAACUCAUGUGUGACCAGUGCCCACCGGGAACCUAUGUAAAACAGCACUGUACAGCUACAAAAAAGACUGAAUGUGCACCAUGUCCAGAUCAGUACUAUGCAGAGGACUGGAACAACAACGAUGAAUGCCAGUACUGCAACAUAGUGUGCAAAGAGCUGCAGUAUGUGAAGCAAGAAUGCAACAGUACACAGAACCGCAUCUGUGAAUGUACUGAAGGGAGAUACCUUGAGCUAGAAUUUUGUUUAAGGCACACAGAAUGUCCUCCUGGAUUUGGUGUAGUACAACCAGGCACCCCUGAGAGUGACACCAUUUGCCAGAGAUGUCCAGAAGGAUUUUUCUCAAAUGAAACUUCAUCCAAAGCAGCCUGCGAAAAACACACAAACUGCAGUGCACUGGGUCAUAAAAUAGCACUGAAUGGCAAUGCGGUUCGUGACAACGUGUGUCAUGAAAACACGGAUGCAUCAGCUCAAAAAUGUGGAAUAGAUGUAACCCUAUGCGAGGAAGCACUUUUCAGGUUUGCUGUUCCUGAAAAACUCACUCCUAACUGGCUGAAUGUACUAACGGAUGGUUUGCCUGGGACAAAGAUUAAUGCAGAAAAUAUAGAAAGGAUUAAACAAAAACAUAGUUCUCAAGAACAGAUGUUCCAACUGUUGAAAUUAUGGAAGCAGCAAAACAAAGAACAGGAUAUGGUCAAGAAGAUAAUUCAAGAUAUUGAUCUCUGUGAAAACAGCAUUUUAAAAUAUAUUGGCCAGGCUAAUCUAACCUUUGAACAUCUCAACAUUCUGAUGGCGAGUUUACCGGGAAAGAAAGUAAGAAAAGAAGAUAUUCAGCACACCAUGAAGCUGUGCAAACCUACGGAACAAAUUCUAAAGCUUCUUAACCUAUGGAGAAUAAAAAACGCUGAUCAAGACACAAUUAAGGCCCUAACGCAUGGGCUGAAGCAUUUGAAAGCAUACCACUUUCCCAAAAAACCUAUCCAAAGUCUGAAGAAGGUGGUCAAGUUGCUUCACAGUUUUAAAAUGUACCAAUUAUACCAAAAACUCUUUUUUGAAAUGAUAGGGAACCAAGUCCAAUCAGUAAAAAAACGAUGCGUCUAAUUCAAGAUAUUUUUCCAUGCAAUCUCCACUAUUUCCCCCUAAUUACUGUUAGCAGUAAUUAACGUAGAACAUUGUUCCCCUACAUUGUACGUGACUAUUUAUAGGAAUGUAUGACUGGAAUGGCUCUAAGCUCUCAGAGCUUAGAGCUUUUUUUUAUUAUAAAGUCAUUUCUGUAAAAGCUAUAAUCAUUUGAUGACAUUUAGGUCCUGAUCUUCAGCCUUUGGCAUCCAAAAUUGAAAAGUACCACUGAAGUCAUUGUGUGAGCAAAGAAUGUUAGACCAGGCCUAAUACAGUAUUUACUAUUUAUAUUCAUUGAUAUAAAGGGUUUUGUUGUACAUAUUUAUUAACUUAAAUGGAAAUUAUAUGAGACUUAAAUUUAGAAAGAGAAAUGAAAUACAAACUAUAUUUUCAAGAUAGACUAAAAUGAUCAAGUAUAUUUUUAAGCAGAAAUUAUGUAGCAUUUCCUAAGAGAUCCUACUUUCUUUACUUUGUGGAUAUUUUUUAAAUUGUUACAUAGUUUUAUGUGUAUAAGUUGUGGUAUCUUUUGGUAGGUGUUGUUUAAUUUAUCCAAAGUUUUUAACUCAAAUAGUAUGAGAAAUAUACCAUAAAUGACCUGAAUAUUUAAAUAUUCUGUGAGAAAGUGAAUGUACUAUAUUUAAAAACUGGAUGUUCAGAUACGAUUCUAGGAUCUUAUUUUAUAAAACAAUUAAUUUUUUCAGCUUACCUUUUGUCUGUUUAUGUGUUUUUUCUCAUCUGAAAUGGACAAACCCAACACAGAUGUUUUCCUGUAGAUUUUGCUCCCUGUUUUGAAGAUAUGGGGCCUGUUUCCCCAAUGCCCCGUGUCUUGUGUAGUCACUGAUACCUGAACAACACAAAUGCAAAGGGAUUAGAUAACACCAGUAUUCUCACCUGGUAGCAUUGUGCACUCACUACAUAAGGGUCAAUGAUUAUACAAGGUACGAGGCAGUGGAGCAUCAGGCUCAUGGUGAGGCUUAAACAGAUCUGACACAACGCAAGCAGGUACAACCCCAUUGAAGCCUGAUUUCAGUUUGGACCAUAGUAAUCCUUGCAGAGUUCACAACCUUUGAACAUACCACAGAUUAAGAAUUCAAGAAGGGAGGAUGCACUGGCCUCAAAGAAUUGGAAUGCCCCAUUCCACAAUGUCAAUGCAAAGGGAAGCGUGAAGAUAUGGCACCACAACUAUGCAGCUUCACAGGCCUAACCCUUGUGAGUAGGGAGUGUGCAAAGGCCCUGGUGCUAUUAAAAGCCCAUGUGCUAUAACAGUGGCAGCCAGUCGGUUUGGGCUAUUUUAGGUCAAAGGCCUGGAGAGGGUUGCUUGCCUGAUUGCCCCUUUAAACCAUCUAUACAAAGAGACAAGGUGGGUGAGGUAAUAUCGCUUCUUGGACCAACUUCUGUUGGCUAGCGAGCCACACAGAGCUCUUCUUCAGGUCUCUAAUAUCCUGGGACCAACACAGCUACAACUACACUGUGUAUACAAAGCCUGUUCACUCAGGGUGUGGUGAGCCAGGGGAAGGAAAGGGACAGCAGCAUUUAGUCCCAAAUGAGAAUUAUUAUUACACUAGAGGUGAUGAAAACUUUAUAUACAUUAAGCAAAGAACAGGAAAGAGGCUACUGCAAUAUACAAUAGAUUUGGAAAUAUGCAUCAGAAGAAAUUUAUUUCUAGAGAACUCAGAAUUGAGGCGUGUUUAAAAAUGUUUGUUGUUGACGUUCAAGUAUUCACGAAUAAAUUCUCCUUGAUAUUCUGAAUGAGAUGGAUUAAAAUCUAAUUUAGUGUAGUUCUGCUUUGAAAAUAUGGGUUAUGGGCAUCAUUUUUAUCAAAAAAGAUUCCUCUUAAACAUUAAAAACAUG